AUGGCCACCAUACUUGAAGGCAAGCAGCGGAAGAUUGAUAGCCGCAAGCGGAAGUAUGGCCAGGGGAAGUACAACUCCGGAGCUCAGCAGAAGCUCCGUUAUGCCCCAUACUCGGGAGGGCAUACCCAUCACACUCAUGGAGGACAUAACCAUGGAGGGAAUGGGAAAAACCGCAACCACGACAAUAACUCCAAGUCAGGCAAUGGAGGCAAUGGCAACAAGCAUCAUCCUGCCCCGGCUCAGAAGGAUCUGACUGGAGGAUUACCCCAGGAGUUAGUCGAUGACCUCAGAGAUCUUCGACUGGAGAUAGUUCCGAGAGGAUAUGUUGCAGCUCUGGAAGUUCAGUCCACUUUGGCCGAAAGAAUUCGUGAAGCCCAGAAGUUGGACAAGGAAAUUGAUCAGAUAAAGAAAAGGAUGACUGAAGGAAAAGCUAAAGGGUUCCGUAAGGAUGAGUAUGGCGCUAUAUGGUUCGAGGAUCGAACCGCCGGAGCCGUCGCCCCCGAGCUUGACCGCCGCUCGCCGGAGCUGCAGCUCACCAGGGAGCCGUCGUCGUUGCCCCGAUCACCACAGUCGCCCCCGAGCUCCACCAAGACCACCCCGACGACGCCCUCGCUCCUCCGCACCGCCCCGACCACUCCUCCUUCUUCCCCGACGACCGGAGCCGCUGCACCGCCAUCGCCCGAGGCGCCGGCGGCGUCUCCGUCCGUCACCAUCGUCCGCUGUAAGCUCGAGCUCCCCUCCACCGUUAGAUCUCGCAUGUACGCCGUAGAUUAG